AUGGCCGUGGACGACAACUCCGGGCCGGAGGGCGCGGGACUGACGCUGGUGGGGGCCUCGGCGGCCAUGCUCGUCGCCGUCACGUUGCUGGGCCAGCAGGACGGCCUCACGGGGCUCACCUUCAACGGCGCCCUCAUCGGCGUGACCCUGGGCGGCGGCUCGGCACUGCACGGUCGGCCCUGGCUGCUCAGCGUCGUCGUCGCGCUCAGCGCCAUCAGCGCGUGGCUGAGCCGCAGCCUGGCCGCGGCCUUCUCGCGGGUGGACCUGCCCGCCCUGAACGUGGCCUUCAACGUGCUGGUGGCGCUCUGGACGGCCGUGGAGGCGUCCUGGAUCCCUCCGGACCGGGAGCCGCCGCCCGCCUUCCCCGCCAACGCCUCUUCCGUGGACUGGGGACUGGUCGCCACGAGCGUGCUGAUGGCGCCGGGCCCCGUGUACGCCUGCUCCAGCGUGUCGUCCUGCUGCAUCCUCUACGUGGCCUUCCUCAUCUUCUCCCCGAUGCUGUUCCUCGUCAGCAUCCUGGGGGCCGCCGUCGGCACCCUCCUCGGGGUGGCGCUGUGCCCGGGCACGGACUUGGCGGACCUCUACGCCGGCCUGUGGGGCUACUGCCCCCUGCUGACGGCCAGCGCGCUGGGGAGCAUCUUCUACGUCUUCAACACGCAGUCCGUGGUGCUGGGCCUCGUGGGCGCGGCCACCGCCUCCCUGGCCUACGGGGCGCUCUCCAGGAGUUUCCAGCCGAUGGGGCUGCCCGUGCUCGCCUGGCCCUUCGUGCUGGCCACCUGGAUGCUGGUCGCCAACCCCAAGAACAGCCUCAACUUGACGCCCGUCCCGCUCAGCGAGUUGGGCACCCCGGAGGAGGUCCGGGCGCGCGCGCUGCAGCGUCGCUCGACCCUGGAGCUGCAGGCCAUGCAGACCCUCCAGCCCCUGCAGGCCGCGCCGCGCCUUCACACCCCGGUGCCUCUGUCCCGGCAGGGCGUUCCAGGCGUUCCAGGCGUUCCAGUCAGCGACCCGAUCUUCCGCCACUGACGACCCAAGACGUGGGUUCGCCGACGACCCAUGCGACCCGAAGGCACGGGUGGGUAUCUCCUGUGCUCUUUCUUUUCUUUUC